UAAAGUAAAAACUACUAUUCUAAGUACAUAGACAGAAACACACGAGGGUGCUAGAAAGUGAAAGAUUUACAACGUAGGAGGCUAUUCGGCCAGUCAAAGGCAGGCCAAAAAAAGUUACUCAGCCUCAACUCCUUUCAAUUCCUGUUCCUAUCGCCUGCAGGUUAUAUAACCUCAAGUAGUACCAAAUUGAUGAAGGUUUCUGCAGCUACAGUGUACAUUCAAGGUUCUGAUAGACUUUUAUGUACAAGACAGUCAAGGGAUAUGAGGUGUGGGACGGGAGGGUAUGUUAGGUAGGGGAAACAUGGAAUUCAGACCACAAUCAAAUCAGGCAUUUUCUUAUUGAAUGGUAGGCUGGGUUGGAGGAGACAAAUUGUCUGAAAUACUGUAAUUUCUCAGGAUCUUACUUUACUCGCCGUAGCAGACAGAAAGCGAAACAAAAGCAAAUAGCUAGAGAAUCUCGAGUCCGGUGUCCCAUCUUCAUUGAUAGCUAAAUGGGUCAAAUGACUGUCACCAUUCCAGUUCUCACCGAAGGCCAGCGAUUUAACUCAUUUUUUUAAAAAAACCCUCUAUCCACAGACACGUUUUGGCAGCCUUUCCUGCUCCAUUGCAGUUUUCACUUUCAGGGAGGCUUUUGCUGUGUGUUGACAUUGAUUGAUUGACGCCCAGCGUCUCAUUCCCAUUGGCCAGCCGCCUUGCGAGGAUGGCGGGGCCAUCCCAGCUGACGUUUCCCAUUGGCCGAGCACCUUUUGAUUGACGGCGGGGUCAUUUGGGCCGGCGUUUCCCAUUGGCCGAGGCAACAUAGAAGCUGACAAUGUUACAAUGGUUGCGGAAGCAGUGUGGGACUUUCCAAUAGUCGAAAGGGAUCUCGUGUUCACAGGAGAAGCCAGAGAGCUCUGCGCCGACGAGGAGCAAAAAUGCAACGAUGGGAUCCUGGAGGAAAGUAACUUGUCUACAACUCGCUUGUCCGCAUCGAUUGCCGGUUAUAAAAGCUUUUGGGGACAUAACAAGACGUUAAGUUGCGCCCAUUAAAUUUGAUUUAAAGGGGCAGGCACCGCUCCUUCCCGAUCCCUUCACCUCGCUAAUCAGAGUGAAAGGAAGAGAUGGUGCGAGUGUACAACUGUCACCCGUUCGCCGCCCAGCUGAUCGUUCCCGUUCAACACGAACCGGAUACUUUGUGCUGCGGCCGGGAUACUCUCUUCGUGGUCUCCGCCGGGUGUAAAAUCGAAGCGUUCAGCGUAACAGAGAGCGGAUGCCAGCCCAUCUGCACCUUUAACGCCCUCGGGAAAGUCCAGAAAAUAACGUUCAGUGAAAUAGCUUGCUAUCUUGUUGCAAUCGAAGAGAAAAGUAAUGUUCUCUCCCUGCGGGUCUACUUCAACUGGAAGGGAUGCCAAGCUCAAGGGAAGUCCCGAGUUGGCGUACGGAUCGUGGGGCAUAUGCUGCAGGCUCCAUUUGAAGGAGCACCCAAAGAUCAGAUGGAAAUCAUCGAGGUGCCACUCUCGGAGCCCCCAGUCUCCGUUUCUUGUUGCCCCAUCAAGGGGGACUUGGUGGUUGGCUGCCACAACAAGGUGGUUUUCUUCCGGCUGAAGGAGGUGGCACUGGCUGGUCAGAGCCCCGUGUUCGAUUUCGAGCGAUUUCUGGUGGUGCAUGUCGGUUUGAAGCUGCUGGAAGUGGCGUUUUGCAAUGGCUGCUUGGCCAUGAUAGCGGACCUGGAAGUGCUGGUACUGAAGUUAGAGAGGGCCAGACAAGUGGAGAACACAGCGGAGCAACAAGUUGGUCGGAAAGCAGCUCCAGUCAACAAAGCCACUGACAGAGAAAGCAAUGACACUGGAGAAGCAUCUCUGAGCCAAGGACAGGAUGAAUUUGUUUUCUUCCAAAGGCCUUUGGAAUUACUUGGUGAAGACACUUGGGGCUCUGGAGUUGUGGUCAAUUUGGAGUGGACAGGUGCGGAGAGUUUGACAACUGAGCAGCAUAAUAAUCUGUACUUACGACGGAUACUAUACAGGCGUUUUGCUCCUGAUCUAGCUCACAUUUACUCUGUUGAAGAGACUGCUCUGCAUUCCCUUCAGUUACUCCCGAUGUUCGCUACAGGAGAUUCAGAAUCGGCUGCUGGCUCUGGGAGGAAGGACAAGCAAGUGCUCAGCCUUUUCUGUUUCUUUUCCUUGCCACACGUAGGCUGCUUGUAUGCAGUUGGCAAUAUGGUACAGCAGCUCUCCACCUAUAACUAUCCAGAAAAGGCCAAGCAAGCAGUGAUUAGUCCUCAGUUUCUGCACGUCAUUACCAGACUCGACAGAACCAGUUCCCAGAUGAAUUGUUGCAAUCAAUUCGGCGCCAUCUACUCUUGGAUCCACACCAUCAAUGCAUCGCACUCCCAUCCACAUGGCCCAUCGGAUGAUCUUCUGAAGUUACAGUCCAUCCUGUGUGGUUCCUUCAUCGAUGUGAAAUCUGUCCUUCCGCUGUUGCAUCAGCUCCCCGAGGAUGACGGCCCUGGUCUGAGUGUCCACGUGCUUUGUGCCACAAGGCUGGGAGAAUGUGAGCACGUGACUGACCAACUCCUGGACCGAUGCCCUGAGGCUCUUCUACCAUUUGCCAGCUGUGAGAUGCGGCAGGAGAAACAGCCUCUGUGGUGGAAAAAACUUUUGCCUGAACUUUGUAGGCGGACAAAAGGAGCUGGAGGAGAAAACAGAAUAUUGGUUUCUUCACUGAAAGAAACCUUGGCAGUGGUGGCCACUAUCCUCCAGCCUCUGGACUUUCUGAGUAUCUUACCAGAUGAGGGCAUUGCUUCAUUUUUCCUCCCCCAUCUCCAGGAAUGCAGCAGGAAGAAUUUCGUCACCUGAUCCAGGGGAGUUGCUGAGGAACAUGAUGCAGUCCCAGGAGUCCAGAACGGCAUGGUUUUAUCAAGCUUUGAUUCCAGUUCAGGCUGUGAAACUACUUGCUGCGCAUCUGCCUCAAUUCUGGUGGAGAACAGAACUGCACCUUGAGCCUAAACUGGCAGAAUGAAGUCCCCCGCUGGAAACUCCCUCACUCUGGAUGUUUCGGUAUGCCUGCAGAACAACACAGCAGGACACACUGAUGGCAUGUUGGAUGUUUUACUGCCUGCUGCCAUGGUACUUCUGGGUGCCAGGUAUCUGCUGCCACUAACAAAUGACAUUGCACCAUCCAGCCUGGGCACUUUAUGUUUCAGAUGUGAACUUUGCUGGAAUUAUUGACCUUUGGCCCAUUGACACUUCAGAUCUCUCGAUGUUUGGCAUUUCCAGUUCAACUAGGAAGUUUUUGUUUUUGUUUCUUUUCUAAAAAUUUUGGCUGAUCGACCACUUUUUCCACUGGCCCCCCCCUUCAAAAAUGACCCCAGCGAUAAAUGCCGUACCCAAAUCAGAAGGUAGUCUUCUCUGCUGCAUGAAUAUGACCGGAGCUGCAAGGAUGCCACUCUGCUCUGUAAUGUGCUGCAAAGAUUAAUGCUAUAUUCUAAUUACUCUCCAUCCAUCAACUUCCUGUCUCCCCUUGUAAAGCUAAGCAUCGUUUGUAGUCUAGUGGUCCAUACCAUAAAUCUCCUCUGAACUCUUCCACUACCUGUAUUUGCAUUUAACCAAUUAUUUAUUUAACUUGUUGAUAUUUCACUUAAAGUUUAUAUACCUCCAGUAGAGAGAUGUGGCCCAUACCCAGUAACCUCAUAACCAUGUAGCCAAGAAGUCCGCUUCAGGGACAGAAGAUGCAAACGUCUAAUGAUCAGAUUUAUGUUUUAAUUUUCGGACCAUGUGUGCAUCCAGUCAAGAUGGAUUAUUUAGUUUUCAAACUUGCUGUUGCUGGGCAGAGUGCUCCUUUUAUUGUUUGGAAAGGUCUUGAGAAGAGAAAUGUGCAAUAAAAUGUAAUAACCAGA